AUGGCUCGUUCGGAAGGAUUCCUGUCUACGGGUCACAGGUAUUGCAGUGCGAUGCCAGCUCUGGACAAGUUCUCGUGCUCCAGCCUUGUACCUACUGUCAACCCCUGCUGCAGAAGUUCUUUUGUAGUGCAUCCCGCCUGGAUUGCCGAGCCCCUCACCCCCCAGAGGUGCCAAUGGAUUAACCACUGCCUCCUCUCCCCUGGCCCAGCAUGGAAGAGGCUGAGCACAUCGGGGAGAUCAGUGGGCUUAGACAGCAAUGUCCCUGUGCUGGUGAGAGGGGGACAAGAUGGAUUUUAUUACCGUGGUACAGUAAAAGAGGAGAUAGAGCGCAAUGAAAGAGGCAUGUUCCUGGUAGAGUUUGACAAACCACUUGUGUCACGUGGAAGGCAUCCAGUGUGUGUGCAAAAAACAGCAAAGGAUGACAUCCUGGAAUACGUGAAUGGGAUGAAGCACUCCUUACUCCCUGGAGACAAAGUGCUGGCACCCUGGGAGCCAGAUAUGGCCAGGUACGGCCCAGGAACCAUCCUCACGGGCAUUGAGACAAGGGACCCCUUACGAGCCUCAGAAGAUGAAGAAAUUAUGGUCCAGUUCUGGAAUGACAAGAAAGUGAAACUCGCGCGAGGUGUGGCUCUGUGGGUCCCUCCUAGCCUGUGGGAGAGGAUUGUAGAGAUGAUCCACAUGCCCUUCACCAGCAGGGUGAAGCCCAGAGAAAGUCCGGACACUAACUCUUGUAUUUUUUCCUGCAGUCCUAAAACAGCCCUCAUUCCUGUUUGUGCUGUGCAUAGCCUUGCCAAGCACUGCUUGCUCUUCUCACCCUGCUGGCCACAUUUCCACUAUCACUGUGAUGGUAUAUGCUGUUUGUCAGCAUAUGUAAGGUGCAUCUGCUGCUGCCAUCCCCAUGUUGAUGCCUGGUGGCCUCUUCCAUCCAAGUCUCUGGUCUUUCAGAGCGAAACUGAAGAGGGAGACUCCAGCAGCGAGCCCUCUCCAUGCCUUCUAGAACUGAAAGGCCCAAAACAAGAAGCAGCAGCAGGUGUGGCAGCAUCUUCCCCCUCUUCUGAUUCAGAGUGGGACCUGGAGCCAUUCCCCACUAAGAGUACUGUGGUGGACAGUGCUGUUAGCACAGGCUCCGGCUGUCUUGAGAAGCCCAGGCUAAAGGAUUCUGCAAGACCUGAGUGGAAAUACUGGAAAAGAAGCCACCACAAGUCCCAUCCCAAUAAUUCAGGACUGGGCAGUUGCAGCAGCACAUGUACAAAGGGCAAGCUGGAAUCCAAAGCCAUCUCCGUUGGGGACGUGUCCUGUGUUGCCCCGACUAAUUGGAGUGCAAUGUUUGAAACCAUCGAGCAGUCUCCCAGAGGGCAGCUCACAACGAAGGAAAUCUUAAGAGACCAAGAUUUCAAGCCGUCAUUGGGAGAAGAAGGUUUUGCAGCAUCAGAAAAACAAAGAUGUAAAACAGAUGAAAGAAAACAGUCAGAUGAUAAACAUAAAGCAACUUGCAUAGGAGACAACAAACUUGACGAUACAGACCAUGUCAGAAGAGGACGGACAGAAAAAAGAGCAAAGAUCUCACUUGCAACAAAGCAGAGAGAGACAUGA